UAAUUUUGCCGAUUGGGAAGAGUGUGGGAUUUAAAUGAUUGUGUGACUGCGUGCAUUCGGCAGCGCUGGCCGUAUCAUGGCAGGAGACACCGCUAUCCCCAGGCUCCAGGCAUUAAUCCAUUACUACAGUCAGGAAAAGUACUUUCAUCACGUCCAGAUUGCUGCUAAUGAAGGUCUCAAGGAGUAUGGAAAUGAUCCUGUCUUUCUGUUUUUCCGGGCUUUUGGGAUGUUAAUGGAAGAUAAGGUGCAGGAGUCUAUCCGUGAACUGGAGUUGAUAAAAGACAAGCCAGAAGUAUCACUAUGCACUUAUAUGGCGUUAAUUUAUGCUCACAAGAAAGCUUCACAUCCAGACCGAGAAGCUACUCAAGAUUUAGAUAUAAAAAUGAAGGAGCAUCGAAAAGUGGCAGGACAUCGAGCAUUAUACAAUGCAGGAUUGUUUCUCUGGCACGUCGGGCGCCAUGACAAAGCUCGUGAAUACGUUGACAGGAUGAUAAAAAUAUCAAACGGCAGCAGAGAAGGACUGGUUUUGAAGGCAUGGAUUGAUAUGACCAGUGGAAGAGAGGCUUUGGCUAAAAAGGCACUGAAGUACUUAGAGGAAGGACUCCUGGACGAAACAGAUGUAUUUGCCAUGAUGGGGAAGGCAUACUAUUUUGAGGUACGGCAAAAUUAUUCAGGAGCCUUGGAAUCUGUGAACAAAAUCAUAGUGAACUAUCCGAGCUUUAUUCCUGCUUUUAUUAAGAAAAUGAAGCUUCAGCUGGCUCUGCAAGACUGGGAACAGACUGUAGACACUGCACUGAGGCUGCUACAGCAGGACAGCCAUAACCUGGAAGCUCUGAGAAUGUUAGCUCUUCAUUAUUUGUGCCGAGAGGGGAAUGUACAUGAGGCUACAACUAAACUGGGGGAUCUGAUCAAUGCUUUGAACCGGUAUGAACCACACAAUGCUCAGCUAUAUUAUAGCAUGUCACUGGCUUUCAGCAGAAUGUGUGAGCGUAAUUCACCCAUUCUCCAACAAACUCAAAUUCUAGUGGAGUGUGCUUUCAACAUGGCUGCUCACGAUGCUUCAAUCGCCACUGAGCUUGGCUACCAACAUAUAUUGCAAGGCAAAGUGAAGGAUGCUUUAAAAUGGUACAGGACAGCUAUGGCCCUUGAUGAGAGCAGUGUGCCUGCCCUUACUGGUAUCAUUCGAUGCCAGCUCCUAGAAGGCCAGUUACAAGAUGCUGAUCAGCAGUUGGAAUUUCUCAUGGAGAUUCAACAGUCCAUUGGAAAAUCUGCAGAAUUGUUGUAUUUGCGUGCCGUGCUGGCUAUGAAGAAACACAAGAAGCAGGAAGAAGUUAUUCACUUGCUUAAUGAUGUCCUGGAUACCCACUUCUCCUCCCUACAAGGGUUACCACUUGGCAUUCAGUACUUUGAGAGACUCAAUCCAGACUUUCUGCUUGAGAUUAUAAGGGAAUAUCUAAAUUUUUGCCCAACACAACCUCCUGCUCCUGGUCAGCCCAUGUCUCCACUGCUAAGACAUUGUGCCUCUGUCCUUGAAACCAUUGUGAAGACAGCACCAGGUCUUCAGCAGGCUGUGUUCCUAAUUGCAAAGGUGAAGUACUUGGCAGGUGAUAUUGCAGCAGCUCAAAGUAGUCUUCAACAUUGUCUCGAUCAGAAUCCUUCAUAUGCUGAUGCACAUCUUCUAAUGGCACAAGUGUACUUAUCCCAGGAUAAUGUAAAACUUUGUUCUCAGUCUUUGGAACUCGCUUUGAGUUACAGUUUUGAGGUACGGGAAUUACCAUUGUAUAAUCUAAUAAAAGCCCAGACCCAGAAACGGAUGGGUGAAGUGCAAGAAGCAAUAAAGACACUACAGAUAGCAAUGAACCUACCAGGAAUGAGAAAAACGGGAUCCAACCUAAAAUCAAAAGCAAAGAAAUUAGAAAUUGGUGCAAGCAACCGUGUAUCCAUAUUUCUUGAACUUGUUGAUGCUCAUCGCAUGAAUGGAGAGCAGCACGAAGCUACCAAGGUCUUGCAAGAUGCUAUCAAUGAAUUUUCUGGCACCCCUGAAGAACUGCGCUUAGUGAUUGCUAAUGCUGAGCUGGCAUUGGCACAUGGUGAUGUUGAGCAGUCUUUAUCCAUGCUUAGAAAUAUCUCUCCAGAGCAGCCCUAUUUUGUGCAAGCCAAAGAGAAAAUGGCUGAUAUUUAUCUGCACUAUAGAAAAGAUAAGAAGCUCUAUGCCAGUUGCUACAGAGACUUGGUGGAGAAAAUUCCCAGUUCCCACUCGUACCUUCUUCUAGGUGAUGCUUACAUGAACAUUCAGGAGCCUGAAAAAGCAAUUGACAUUUAUGAGCAAGCUUUAAAAAAGAAUCCUAAAGAUGGGACACUGGCAAGUAAAAUUGGAAAAGCGUUAAUCAAGACUCACAACUAUGCAAAGGCCAUCAGCUACUAUGAAGCUGCUAUAAAAAGUGGGCAACAGAAUUCUCUCCGUUAUGACUUAGCUGAGCUAUUGUUAAAGCUAAAACAAUAUGAAAAAGCCGAGAAAGUGCUUAAGCAAGCAUUGGAUCAUGAAACCGUAAAUGAUCUAUCUUCACUCAUGGAUGACAGCCGGAACCAAGUGCUACUAGCAAAAAUUUACAGCAAAAUGGAAAAGGCAGAAGAAGCUAUAAUUUCAUUACAACGGGCCCGGGAGCUACAGGCCAGAGUACUGAAGAGAGCUCAGAUAGAGCAGCCUGAUGUUAUCCCAGUUCAGAAGUGUCUGACAGCAGAAAUUUGUGCAGAAAUUGCAAAGCAUUGCACAGGCCAGCGAGAUUAUGAAAAAGCAAUCAAAUUUUACAAAGAAGCACUUGUAUAUUGUGAAACAGACAGUAAGGUGAUGUUGGAGCUAGCACACCUUUACCUCGCUCAAGAUGACACAGAUUCUUGCCAGCAACAGUGCGCCCUGCUUUUAAAGAAUGACCAGGACAAUGAAUCAGCUACAAUGAUGAUGGCGGACCUCAUGUUCAGAAAGCAGGACUAUGAGCAGGCUGUGUUCCAUUUUCAGCAGCUUCUGGAACGCAAGCCAGAUAACUACGCUACACUCUCUCGCUUGAUUGAUCUUCUAAGAAGAGCUGGAAAACUAGAAGAAAUACCAAAGUUUCUGGAUCUUGCAGAAAACCAUUCUUCUAGAGCUAAACUAGAACCUGGGUUUCAUUACUGCAAAGGGCUAUACCUGUGGAACACUGGAAACCCCAAUGAUGCCUUACGCCAUUUCAAUAAAGCCCGAAAGGACAGUGACUGGGGGCAGAAUGCUGUAUACAACAUGAUUGAGAUCUGUCUAAACCCAGAUAACGAAACAGUCGGUGGCGAAGUAUUUGACAAUCUAGAUGGUGAUAUUGGGAAUUCCACAGAAAAACAAGAGUCUGUCCAACUUGCCGUACGAACUGCAGAAAAACUUCUUAAAGAGCUGAAGCCCCAGACACUUCAGGGUCAUAUACAGCUGAGAAUCAUGGAGAACUAUUGCUUAUUGGCAACCAAACAAAAGGCAAAUGUGGAGCGUGCACUUAAUACAUUUACAGACGUUGCAGCAGCAGAAAAGGACCACGUUCCAGCGCUUUUGGGAAUGGCCACUGCCUACAUGAUCUUGAAACAAACUCCAAAGGCAAGAAACCAGUUGAAACGAAUUUCCAAAAUGAACUGGAAUCCGAUAGAUGCAGAAGAGUUUGAAAAGAGUUGGCUUCUUCUAGCAGAUAUUUAUAUUCAGUCCGGGAAAUACGACAUGGCUGGCGAGCUUCUGAAGCGAUGUCUUCGGCAUAACAGGUCUUGCUGCAAAGCUUAUGAAUACAAUGGCUACAUAAUGGAAAAGGAACAAGCUUACAAGGAUGCAGCCAACAACUAUGAAAUGGCCUGGAAGUAUGGAAACAAAGCAAAUCCGACCGUGGGGUAUAAACUGGCAUUUAACUAUUUGAAGGCCAAGCGAUAUGUUGAUGCAAUUGAUGUUUGUCACAAGGUUUUAGAACUCCACCCAAGUUAUCCUAAAAUAAGAAAAGACAUACUUGACAAGUCCAGAGCUGCAUUACGAACCUAAGGAAGUGAAUAUUGUUGAGCAGUCAAAUCGUGUAUUUAUUUAUUCUCGGUUAUUGCCAUUCCAUUUAUACAAUUAAAACAUGGCAUUAUUUUUUUAAUGACGCAAACUGUAUUUGGAGGGGGAACCUCCUUGAAAUCUUGGGACAACGCUGCAAGAUAUAGAAUUAAUUUGUCCCUGUUUCAAGCUGAGAGCAGAAUAGUAAAUGGACAGAAUGGAUAUUUUACAAUAUACUUCUAUGACUUUAUAGUCCAGCAACAUAAAAAUUUAUGUAAAAUCCAAAUACUU